AUGGCGCAAAUUUUCUGCAUGGCACUCACUGUUGCUACGGUUGUAGCAGCACUCCCUGCUAUGGACUCUCAAAGCCAAGCACAGCCCUUCGUUCACACACCGGCUACCCCGUGGAAUGCAGGUGGACUGAACGAGUUUCCUAUUCACUCCAGCUGCAACGUAACGCAGCGUCGGCAGAUUGAGUUGGGCCUUGCAGAGGCUGUCAUUUUGGCCGCUCACGCUCGGGACCACAUCCUCCGCUGGAGCAAUGAAAGUGAAAUUUAUCGAAAGUACUUUGGAGAUAGUCCCUCAAUGGAGGCCAUCGGCGCUUACGAAGUCGUUGUGAGUGGAGACAAGAAUGGCAUUCUGUUCCGCUGUGAUAAUCCAGAUGGAAAUUGUGACAUUGACGGCUGGGCUGGACACUGGCGGGGAGAGAAUGGCACGGAGCAGACUGUCAUCUGCGAUCUCAGCUAUCAAACCCGCCGCUCUCUUGCAACAAUGUGCGCAAUGGGCUACACCGUCUCUGAGUCUGAAACGAAUACCUUCUGGGCCUCUGAUCUUCUGCAUCGCUUGUAUCAUCUACCUUCCAUCGGACAAGAAUGGGUCAACCAUCAUGCAGACGAUUACGGGGAGGUUCUCAAUCUGGCUCGUCAGCUUCCGAUGCUAUCUACUCAUGAUUCGGAGACUCUUCAAUAUUUCGCACUGGAAGUCUAUGCCCAUGAUAUCUCAGUGCCUGGAAUUGGGUGCUCGGGGGACAGUGAUAUUGGAAGAUAUGAGUCUAACACGGGCGCGACUGUGACAAGCACCACCAGUGUCUCUUCCACUACAAGUAGCGCGUCGACUAAUUGUCAUACCCACGCUGGAGGUGAGCUUCAUUGCAACUGA